CUUCUCCUGGGGAUGCUGGAACGAAGCGGGCGGGGUCCUUUUCUUGCAGCAUUAUUUCUUUUUUCCACUCGCAGCGCAAUGUGCAAGACCGAGCGCAUCCGAAAGCGAACUGAGGCUGAGAUCUGAGCGCAUUUGAAGAACCCGAAAUUCAACAAUCUGGGGAAAUAUUUCCGUUUUUGUUUCUAGCUCAUUUGAUCCGCCAUGGAACCGUAGUCUGUCGUUCUGGGACAUUAUAAAAUAAACUUGAUUUCGAGAUACGGCACCGCGGACAUCUUAUUUAACCCGUUGGUGGACGGUUUGGGAGAGGUGUGAUAGGUGAGAGGAUUUGAUAAAUUUACGGACACUGAAUUAUACAGGCUUCUUAUUUUUUGCUGGUUUCGUUAAUCACCAUAAACAUGGCGUGGCCGUGCAUCUCCCGGGCUUGCUGCAUGGCCCGCUUUUGGAACCAGCUUGACAAAGCUGACAUUGCGGUGCCUUUGGUGUUCACCAAGUAUUCCGAUGUGUCCGAAAUGCAGCAUCUCACUUUGCACCAUCAACAAAAGCAGCCGCAGCCGCAGCCGCAUCCCCAGGCGCGGGCCAGCGCAGUCGCCAUAGAAACGCUGCCGUCCCAUAGCGAACAGGAGGUAGUAGCCAAGGCACCUCCCGCGACGGGUAGCGCUGCGCCCGACGAGAGCUCCGGCUCAUCGGUUAUGCGCCAGGAUUUCAAACACUGGAAAGUACGUCCUGAGCCUAGUUGCAAACCCAAGAACGAAUAUCAAGUUUCCGAGACGCCGUUUAACAACGAGACGCAGUAUCAGAAGGAUUUCAAGCCAUGGCCUAUUCCGAGACGGGGAGACCAUCCUUGGAUUCCCAAGCCGAGCCCCGUGAUUUCUGCCCCCGACGACCGGGCUGCACAGAGAGCCAAGCAUGCCCAGGCGCCCGCGGAAGUCGACAGCGAUGUGGAGAAAAGCGAAAUUGCAGACAAAGUGCAAGAGAAGGAGCUUCUGAGCGGAGAGAGGAAAAAGAGGCAAGCAAAGAAAAGUGCAGAGGAGAAGGUAGUUGGCAUUGCUACGGGAGCCAAAACGGAAGGGCAGCAGCCAGACAUCCCCGUAGAGGGCAAAGGGAGGGCCGCAGUGGACGCGGUGAACCGGCAGAUCAAGCAGGAAGUUGGCGCUGGGAGCUCGUACAGGAACGAAUUCAAAGCCUACACUGAUGUGAAGCCCGUGAAGGCCAUCCGGGCCAAGUCCCAGUACCUGCCCCCGGACGAGAGGCCCUCUCUGGAGACCAGCUACAGCGCCACCUACAGGGGGGAGCAGGCCAAGCAGGAGGCCGGCCUCCGCACCCUGGAGCGCCGCAGGAUAAGGAGCCUAUACAGCGAGCCCAGCAAAGGCUUUGCUGAGACUGACAGCAGCUCUGUUAUAGAUCCACUGUUCUGUCAGGUGGAAAAGCCGAGCACCUCGCGCUCCAAGCCCAAAAAGACGGCAACGUCAUCGGCGGGAAAAGCAGCGAAGAAGGCCAAAGAGAAGCAGCCCAUGUCGGUGCGCGGCGCCAAGAAGAAGGCCUCGGAAAACCAGCCCGAGCCCAGACCAGAGGAGGGUGCCAAGGAGAAAAGUAAAGAGAUGAACAACAAACUGGCUGAGGCAAAAGACUCAUAGCUGGGAACUGCAUGUGUAGUGUGAGAGUGAGAUUGGAAGAGGAUUUUUUUUUUUUAAGCAAACAAAAACACAAACACAUUUGACCAAAUUGUGAUUCUCCUGGGCUAACUGGAUAUUGAGCCAAGCGCUUCACUGUAGAUACUGCAGGUGGUUAUGCACAGCAGAAAAAAAAAGAUCUUCCUUGAGUAAAAUAAUAGUCGGAGCUUUGUCAGACCAUAGGAACUGCUGGCUUUAUGGUCUUUGGGUGCUCUGAGGUCUGUAUGCCUACUAUGUUGCUGUGUAGCAAUCAAUGUGUUGAUUUAAACGUAUGUGAAAUCUAUGGAGGGCAGUAGGGUCAGCUGUGCUGUGUAAACAUGGCCGCCCAACUUGAGAAAGCCAGUCAGUCAGCCUUUAUACAAGCUGCUGAUAGUGCAUGGAGUUGUGGGAGAGGAGAAAGGUGCUGGUGACAGUGUAAACGAUCUCAGUUGACUUGAGCGUCAUGGGCUCUGUUGGUGUGAAAGGCCCCUAUAGGCGAGCGUCCAUUUUGUGCAAAAUCCCCCCCAGGUUUCCAUUGGCCCCAUCUCUCCCUGUCUCUGGUGUCAUCUGUCGUGGUGGUAGUCUGUCUCUCCAUCUCGCGUGUGGGAGUCUUUAGCCUCAUCGUCUGUCGUGCCGUGCGUGUGUUUGUGCGCCUCCUCGUGACCCUGAGGAUGUGGCUCGAGGGCGGCCAUUUUGUGUGCCGGGAGGGUGAGGGCCACCUCAUUACCAUUUUGCAGCCUUGGGCUUGUUGUGCGUCGCCAGGGCGAUCAUAUUAGCGUGCUGAGCACACCGAACUUGGUGCUAUAUCUCUCUUCCUCUCACUAUCUCUCUAUCUAUCUCUCUCUCCGUCGCUGCUCUUUCAGAAGGAUUUGGAAAAGGAAAAAGAAGGGAACAAAAGAUAAAGGAGAAAGUAUAACAAAGGAGACAUGUACUGCAAACGUGUGUGACGUGAUUGUGUUCUCUGCUUGCUACAAUAUUGAAAUUAUUAAUAAAUGCAAAAAGCGGUUAAAAAAAA